CGUGAGCUGUGGCGGUCGAUCCACAUGUCCCUCAAAAAAUAUGAGUGGCACGUCUCUAUACUGGUGAUUAAAGUCGUCACAAACCGUGGGAAGCGGUAGCGGGGUUUGGUGAACCCCCUGGAAGUGAAGCCACGGUUUAUUUCCGCUGCUCGCGAGGAGUUUGGGGCGGGCUAGCCUUACUGUUAGCACUGUUGUCACCUGGAAGAGCUCGCCGACAGGACAUCAGGUGCUCGCCAUGGGACACACCAGGAUGGAGAAGAUCAUCGCACUGCAGAGAAACCCUGCCAACAUCAGAAACCUGUGCAUCCUGGCACACGUGGACCACGGUAAAACUACGCUGGCUGACUGCCUGGUGGCGAGUAACGGCAUCAUAUCAAGCCGACUGGCGGGAAAGCUGAGGUAUCUGGACAGCAGGGAGGAUGAGCAGGUCCGAGGAAUCACCAUGAAGUCCAGCGCCAUCUCUCUGCACUUCACAAACGGGGAUCGGGAGUAUUUACUGAACCUGAUCGACUCUCCGGGCCACGUGGACUUCUCUUCGGAGGUGUCCACUGCGGUCCGGCUGUGUGAUGGAGCCAUUGUGGUGGUGGACGCCGUGGAGGGGGUGUGUCCACAGACGCAGGUGGUGCUCCGGCAGGCGUGGCUGGAGAACAUCAGACCCGUCCUGGUCGUCAAUAAGAUCGACCGGCUCAUCGUGGAGCUGAAGCUGACGCCACAGGAAGCGUACAGCCACCUGCAGAAGAUCCUGGAACAGGUGAACGCCGUGACCGGGACGCUCUUCACCUCUAAAGUCCUGGAGGAGCGAGCCGAGAAGGAGGAAGAGGAGGAGAAGAAGGAGGGGGAUCCCUCCGGUGGAGAGCAGGUGUAUGACUGGAGCGCCGGGCUGGAGGAGGUGGACGACUCGCACCUCUACUUCUCUCCCGAUCAGGGAAAUGUGGUGUUUGCCAGCGCCAUCGACGGCUGGGGCUUCAGCAUCCAGCAGUUCGCCUCCAUCUACAGUCAGCGGAUGGGCAUCAGGUCAGAGGUGCUGCUGAAAACUUUGUGGGGAGAUUUCUACCUCAACGCCAAGGCCAAGAAGAUCAUGAAGGGGGCUCAGGCCAAAGGAAAGAAGCCGCUGUUUGUGCAGCUCGUGCUGGAUAACAUUUGGAGUUUAUACGACGCCGUUGUCACCAGGAGAGACAAGGAGAAGGUGGAGAAGGUGGUGACCUCGCUGGGGGUGAAGGUCAUGGCGAGGGACUCGCGCCACUCCGACCCCAAAGUGCUCCUGACGGCCAUCUGCAGCCAGUGGUUACCCGUGUCCCAGGCCGUCCUCGCGAUGGUGUGUGAGAAGCUCCCCAGUCCGUUGGACAUGGCUGCAGAGAGGGUGGAGAAGCUGAUGAGUGUCGGAGCGCGACGGUUCGAUUCCCUGCCUGAGCAAACCCAGCAGCUGAAGACAGCAUUCCUUCAGUGUUCCAGUGGAGACGAUGCUCCGGUCAUCAUCUUUGUGUCAAAAAUGUUCGCUGUGGAUGCAAAGACCUUACCUCAGAACAGACAAAGGCCGUUAACCCAGGAGGAGAUUGCCCAGCGCAGAGAGGUGGCCAGACAGAGGCACGCUGACCGGCUGGCGGCCGAGAGCCAGAAGGAGGCGAGCCAGUCGGAGGGUGUGGCGCAGGAUGAACAACCGGCAGGACUCAGCCCAGCCAAGCUGGAGAAUCUGACACUGAAGGACUCGAAGCCUGAGGAGGACGAAGAACCCAAGGAGAGCUUUGUGGCGUUUGCCCGGGUUUACAGCGGCGUCGCCCGAAGAGGACAAAGGAUAUUUGUACUGGGACCAAAGUACGACCCCGCCCAGGGCCUGAGCAUGCUGCCGGACGGAUGCGUCGCCUCAGACUGCGUGCCGGACGUCCCCCACCUGUCCUGCUGCUCCAUGGAGAGCCUGUACCUGCUGAUGGGCCGGGAGCUGGAGGAGCUGGAGGAGGUGCCUGCAGGAAACGUCCUGGGUAUCGGAGGACUGGAGGAGUGUGUCCUGAAGUCCGCCACCCUGUCGACGGCCCCCGCCUGCCCCCCCUUCACCCCGCUCAACUUUGAGGCCACGCCCAUCGUGCGGGUCGCCAUCGAACCCAAACAUCCAAGCGAGAUGCCAAAGCUGGUCCGAGGCAUGCGGCUGCUGAACCAGGGACCCUGCGCCGAGGUCCUGAUUCAGGAGACGGGAGAACACGUUCUGGUCACGGCUGGCGAGGUUCACCUGCAGCGCUGCCUGGACGACCUCAAAGAUCGGUUUGCAAAAAUAGCGAUCAGUGCGUCCAAGCCCAUCAUCCCCUUCAGGGAGACGGUGGUGCGUCCUCCCAAAGUGGACAUGGUGAACGAAGACCUGGGCAAGCAGCAGAAAGUGGCCAUCAUCCAUCAGGUGAAGGAUGAGGCUUCUCAGGGGCGUUCCUCUGAUACCCUGCAAGUGGACCCCAGUGGUCUGGUCACGCUGAACCCCAACAGGCUGGCCACCGUGAGCGUGAGAGCGAUGCCUCUGCCGCAAGAGGUGACCAGUCUGCUGGAGAACAGCUCCGAGGUGAUCCGGACCCUGGAGCAGGUCAACAUGUCCCUGAGGGAGGGGAAGAGCCUGGACAUCAGCGUCAGGACGCAGGACGCCAUCUCGGAGCUCAAGACCCGGCUGGAGAGCCUGCUGCAGGGGAGGAAGUGGAGGAACGCAGUGGACAGGAUCUGGGCUUUUGGACCUCGCAGGUACGGUCCCAACAUCCUCCUGAACAGCGUGGAGUCGUACCAGCGACCCUCGGUGUGGGCAGUGCCUGAGGGCGACAGAGCACGGCGACGCCUCCUCCGAGACUUCGACAACAGCAUCGUGAGCGGCUUCCAGCUGGCGGCGCUGGCGGGCCCAUGUGCGAGGAGCCGCUGAUGGGUGUGCUUCUCCGUGGAGAGGUGGGACGUCCAGCGCGGCGCGCCCCAGCAGCAGCAGCAGGACCCCCGGGAGAGGAGGAGGCCGGGCGCCGGCCCGACCGCCUCCGACUGCUACGGGCCCGUGUCCGGCCAGCUGAUCGCCGCCAUGAAGGAGGCCUGCCGCCACGCCUUCCAGGCUCAGCCCCAGAGGCUGAUGGCCGCCAUGUACACCUGUGAGAUCUUCGCAACGGCAGAGGUGCUGGGCCGGGUCUACGGCGUGCUGGGGAAGCGGGAGGGCCGCGUCCUCCACGAGGAGAUGAAGGAAGGGACGGACAUGUUCAUCAUCAAGGCGGUUCUGCCCGUCGCCGAGAGCUUCGGGUUCGCCGACGAGAUCCGCAAGAGGACGAGCGGACUGGCGAGUCCCCAGCUGAUGUUCAGCCACUGGGAGGUGAUCAGCAGCGAUCCAUACUGGGUUCCCACCACAGAGGAGGAAUAUCUGCACUUUGGGGAAAAGGCUGACUCUGCAAACCAGGCCCUCAAGUAUAUGAACGCAGUCCGCCGCCGCAAAGGGCUUUACGUGGAGGAGAAGAUCGUGGAGCAUGCAGAGAAGCAGAGGACGCUCAGCAAGAACAAGUAGACGAGAAGCAAAGUGCACUUCCUGUUGAGGUUUUAAGCUUUUGAAUCCAUUGGAUGCAUUUUUGCUUUUGCUUCCUGAAUAUGAUGCAUAUUUUUUCCCCUUUAACAGAUAAAUGUACUUAUGUGCAACUUUGUGCAUAAUCGAGUGAAUUCCAGAUUAAUCCAGAAGAAGCGUGUCCUUUAUUAAAAUGAAAACAGCUUCUUUGUUAUCCUCCUGGUCUGGUAUUGUAUGAUAUUUGUCACACACGUUGUUUCGACCAAUGACUGAGAGACUGAUGUGAUGAAGAUGUAGUUUUGAGGAAAUAAUAGUUGAUUUUCAAGUUUUAUACUCUUAUGAGUCAUAAGGUUUAAGAA